UGGCAGUGAGCGGCCAAGUGGGCGUGCCUCGAGAGACAUUUUAUUGUCUAUUUAUUGUCUCCCACUUGGGCUAUCGUCCAUUUCUUCUCGAGCCUCCUCUCUCUCAGAUAAGUAGGCUCGCGCAGCUCACGUAUCGUCCCUCCGUUGCCUCCGUCACAAACUGGUGUGCCCCUGCUCUCCCUCGUCGCGUGAUUGAAGCGGAUUCACCGACGUCAUUGCAAGGAUUGUGUGACUCCGGUCUGCACGAAAACAUCUCGUAGAGCGGUACUACGACGACCGUCACUUUGCCGUUCACUCGUGUCACUUGCGCCGACCCGUAGCCACAGCGACGCACUCUUGGAAAAAGAAAGAAAUGGCAGGAAACCGCAAGCUCAACUUCUCCGCCGGUCCGUCCGCACUGCCACUCGAGGUGCUCGAGAUUGCUCAAAAAGAAAUGCUGGACUACCAUGGCUGUGGUGCCAGUGUCAUGGAGCUUAGUCAUCGUUCCCCAGAAUUCGCUGGAAUUGUGGAAACUGCAGAGGCUGACCUCAGAGAACUCAUGGGCAUUCCAUCCAACUACAAGGUUAUCUUUCUGCAAGGUGGUGGCACCGGACAAUUCAGUGCAGUGCCCCUCAACCUGUGCCCCAAACUGAAGGAGCAGAAGGCGGAUUACGUUGUGACCGGCACCUGGUCUGCUAAAGCAGCCAAGGAAGCCGAGGCUUUCAUUCAAGUCAACAAGGUCCUGCCCAAGGUUGACAAGCACACCUGUAUUCCACCACAGAGUGAAUGGAAACUUAGCUCGGAUGCUUCCUAUCUCUACUACUGUGACAACGAAACAAUACACGGUGUUGAAUUCAACUUCGUCCCGGACUCUGGAUCUGUGCCUUUGGUUUGCGACAUGUCUUCAAACAUCCUCACCAAACCUGUGGAUGUGUCCAAGUAUGGCCUCAUCUUUGCUGGAGCGCAGAAGAAUCUGGGAAUGGCCGGUGUUACGGUGGUCAUAGUACGGGAGGAUCUGGUUGGGCAGCCUGCUGGGUGCUGCCCCUCCGUGCUCAGCUACAAGAUCAACGCCGAAAACAAGUCCCUCUACAACACUCCUCCCACUUAUGCCAUCUACAUCCUGGGGCUCGUCAUGAAGUGGGUCAAGCGGAACGGCGGAGUCGAGGGUAUGGCCAGGAGGUCGGCCGAGAAAUCCAGGCUUAUCUACAACCUGUUUGACAUGUCAAACAACUUCUAUGUGUGCAAUGUGAAUCCGGCAAACAGGAGCAGGGUUAACAUUCCGUUCCGCAUCGGAGGGGCCGAAGGAGACGACGAGCUUGAAAAACUGUUCCUGAAGGAGGCCACCAAACGCGGCAUGAUCCAACUCAAAGGACACAGGUCCGUCGGAGGCAUCCGCGUUUCAGUCUUCAAUGCCAUGAGCGUGGAAGCCAUUGCUCCAUUCUUGCAGUUUGCCAAGGAAUUCGAAGGAGAACAUCGCAAGUAAAAUGGGAAAGAUUUAUCCAGGGGUGAAGAGAAGAGGAGCUUCAUUCCAUCACUAAAAGACAGUUCCCAUUCCUUUAGUCGGCAAUCUACUAUCUUUAGAAGUCAUCUUGCUCAGGCUGUUUGUUUUAUGCUCCUUUACCCGUCAGCACAGCAAUACUUGUAAAGUGCCUUUACGCCUUUACCUCUAACUCGCCACGUGCCUUUAUUAUGUUGCAAUUUUACAACAAAAAUAAAGUUUGCUCCUGCUUUUGCAA